AUGAAGUACCUGCUUCAGGCCAUCAAUGCACAUCGCUGCGAUGUGCCGCUUGACGAUGCAGAGCUGCACCGGCUUCUUACCGAAGCACGACGCGACAGAGACGAAAAAGAAGAAUUCCAAGAGUCGAUGGAGCGCAUUUUGACCGAGCUGCGAAACUACACGGAACAUUCGCAGGCAUUCCUCGCGCGUGUCAGCAAACGCGAUGCACCGGAUUAUUACGACGUAAUCACAAACCCAAUGGAUCUCGGGACGAUGCAAAAGAAACUCAAGAGCGGGCAGUACAAAAACAAGGCGCAGUUUUCCGCGGACCUUGACCUGAUAUGGAAUAAUUGUCUUGUGUACAAUGCAUCGCCGCAACAUCCGCUGCGGCGCAACGCGACAUUUAUGCGCAAGAAAUCGAAUCACUUGCUAGAGUUCCUCAGCGAGAAGAACGAUACCAAGGAUCUACUUAGUCACUGGCACCCUCCAAGCACUGAGCAGGCAGAAAAUGUGGAGGAUACCAAGCCCGCCCCGAUCGUGCCGACGCCAGAGCCCGUCGAAGACGUGUCUGCAGCCCCGGAUCCAAGCGCAGCAUUCCCAGUACCUUUUGCGCAGAGGAAUGCGCUGCGCCGCUCUGCGGAGAAUACACAUGUAUUUGCCGAGAUGAAUCCACGUGUGGCGUUGCUCGAUGCGCCGGGCGCGGUAAUCGACGAUACUUUGCUCACUACGACGCUAACAACGCUCGGGCAUGUACAGCAGAUUGGUGGCGUAGAUCCUCUUGGUACAGCGCGCGGUAGUUUGUCUGAUGGCGAGCACAAACGAAGCGAUGCGGUGCAUGCAUGGUGGGCAGCGUGCGGAUCCGAUCCGAUGCUGCGUGCAGGGCUUCCAGCUGUUCCGUACGCGGGCGAGAAGCCUGGAUCUAGUGCGCCGGAGCUGCUAGCGGCGCGAUUGCCCAUGCAGCGUCCCGGUCUGCCCCGCAUGAUUGCACAGAAUAUUCAUGUUUUGCGCCGACUGCACCACACGCACCAAAAGUUUUUCCAGCUUGCCGAAGUAGUCGAGCACGAGUUGCCGAUUCCUGCUUCACUUGGCUACGCUUCCGAGGAUGAAGAUGGGGCAGGGGAAGAGGAAGGGGCAGCAGAAGGGGCAAAGGGGGAAGCAAUCCAAAAUGGAGCGCGCGAAAAAUCCGCGCGCGAAUGUGACGAAAAAAACUCGACGCCAGAAGCGAUGCCUAUAGAUCCCGACACUCCAUCCCUCCCUCUUCCCCACCCUUCUCUCCCAACCCGCGACGAAAAUGCGUACCCACGCCUCCCCUUGACUUACGCACGCGAGCAGAUUGCUUGGCAAGUCCAGCUCCUCCUUGCGCAUGCAGGCUUUGACGGCGCUCAAGCCGCAACAGUUCAAAUCCUUACCGAUGUGACGCAAGGGUACCUUAUGGGCCUUGCGCGCACACUUCGAGUCUACUCCGACCGAUUUGCAUCCAAGAUGCGUGCAGAAGAUAUGAUCCAGCAUACCUUGCGGGGCGCGAGCACCCACGUCGACGACCUCCUAUCUUACGUUCGCGUCGAUGUUGAGCGCUACGGCGUGCGUCUUCGCGAAUGGCUGCGCAAGCUGCAAGGAGCCUACGCCGAGCAACUCCAGAAUUUGGGCCGCGUUAUCGAGGACGAUGGCCUGCUUGCGCAAGAUGGCGAGGCCCUCACGCUGGGCCACUUUGCCGAGUCACUGGGCGACGACUUUUUUGGAUUUCGCGCGCUGGGCCUUGACAAAGAGCUGGACCUUGCUGGCCUCUCUGUUCCCAGCCGCCUCUUUUUCGGCAACGGCGCACGGAGCACCACUGUCCAGGACGGCGAGCAGAAUGCAGCACCCACCUUUCCCUCUCCAAUGCCCACAGUUCCCAUUGUCCGCGCCAGUCUCCCAGCCCAGAUCGGCCUUAUGCGCCCCUUUUAUUCGUCGCUCCUUCCCCACAGCGUGCCGGAAAAAAGCAGCGACGAGGUGCCUGAAGAGGUGCCGGAAAAGCCACGGUACAAAGUGCCGACUAGCGGCAAGCUUCCUCCCCGUCCCAUGUACGAAGAGAGGCCCCUCGACAAACCUUCCGCCGAGCACUCGUCCGCCAAAGCGCCGCCUGCGAAGCGCAAGCGCGCCGCGGCGUAG